CAUUUAUAAUUUGUGUUAGAAAUAGUUAGUUUCACCAUUCCAGCAAUAUAGCAAAAAGGCACUAAAAAUGUAAUUUCAAAACCAGGAUCAAAACAUCAAUAAUAUUUUGUUUAAAAUAAAAAGCAAUCAAUAACAACGAAGGCAACAUCAAGGUGCAGUCUCUGAAUAAAAAGCAAUCUUGUGGAAUAAAAAUCCACUGAAUAGCUGCUUUCUCUCAAUUCUUUAUGAUGAGUCUGAUCAAAAAAGAUAAGCGAGCUGCGGGCUUCACUGUUUUGUGAUUGCUCGAAACUCUUCAAGACAAAAAUACGCAAUUGAGUGGUGUGGGUAGUAAGGGGCGCUGUUGUUGAUCAUUUUUCUUUACUUUCUUUGUCGAUGCUUCAAAGCAAGAGCACUUCAAAUCUUUACUCGGCCGGUAAAACAUUUUGAUUGUUGAAUUGGGCCAAUUUGACAAUCUUCUUUCCAGAAUAGCGAUGCAUCGUGUUUCAGUAGUUCUGAAGAGUAACGGGCACAGAGAAACUCCAAGCCAUAGCUCGUUUACUUACUUCUUGAAGAGUUUUCAGCAAUCACUUCUUCAUCUGUCCAGUUUCCAUGGAGUUUACGGUGGGAAAUUUGGAUCCAUCGGGACUUUGGAUCCCUACGAAGCCGAUUAUUUCUUCAUACUUGUGUAUGUCUCGUGCAAAUUUAGCCCAAAGACUGGCACUCCAUGGCUCGGACGUGCGCGUAAGUUAAUGGAAGCAGCCGUGAAUCAUGUGUCGACAAAGAUGGAGUUUUGGAAUCGCAGUGGUGGAAGGGAUCAGAUUUUUGCCGCUUCACAAGACAACAGUGUCUGUUUUCAUACCCUGGAGACAGAGGCAUGGAAUACCAGAAUUUACACGAAACUCUUUAAUCCUUCAAACUUAGGAGUGCAGGACUUUCAUCCCUGUCAAGCAGCAGAACACAUACAGAUCCCUCCAUACGUCUCGCCCUCUGUCGCCGCAUCUUACAUCAAAGAUCCGAGAAAUAUAUUUGCCUUCUUCAGUGGAAAAAUGGAGAUAAAUCCUAAGAACGUCAGUGGCUUGAAAGCAAUGCGCGCAUGCUUUCACGGAUCUGCCGCCCCGGGAUUCACCUGAAAUAGAAAUAAGUUUACAGCUUAUCAACUUCAAGGGUAGAUUUGCAAUAGAUAUAUUUGCUAUUAGAGGUAUAUUUGCUAUUUCAACAUAUUGCAGGGGUACCCAUGAUAUUCUCUCAAUUUUUUAUAUUAAAAAAAUAUAUUUUCUCUACUUUUUA